GACCUUGGCUUGUCGAGUGUGCGACUUCAUUCAUAUCACUUCUUCUCGUGAUACUCUCACAUAUCCUCUCAUCGAAGUGUGACUGUUGAGAGUUUGUGUGAGAGAGUAAGGGAGCGAGAAGAUCGCAUUCGCUUCUUUUAUCUUCCCCCGGCCGCGGCUGGUCACGCCCUCGAUUCCCCCCAGAUCAACCAUCUAGCCGUCCGUCCAUCACCAUGGCGCAAAUCGACACCCUGGACCUGAUCGUCCUGAUCGGUCUUCUGUUAGGGACAUUUGCCUACUUCACCAAGGGAACCUACUGGGCUGUACAGAAAGACCCUUAUGCCGCUGCCUCUAGUGCCCUCAAUGGGGCCAAGGCGGGCAAGUCCAGGAACAUCAUCGAAAAGCUUGAGGAGACGGGUAAGAAUUGUGUAAUUUUUUACGGCUCACAGACCGGUACCGCGGAGGACUAUGCGUCUCGUCUCGCCAAGGAAGGCCACCAGCGUUUCGGUCUCAAGACCAUGGUGGCCGACCUCGAGGAAUACGAUCUCGACCUUUUGGACACUUUCCCUGAAGACAAGAUUGCUUUCUUCAUGCUUGCAACCUACGGUGAAGGUGAACCCACCGAUAACGCCGUCGAAUUUUAUCAGUUCAUCACUGGAGAGGAUGUCACUUUCGCCAGUGGUGCGACCGCCGACGACAAGCCGCUCUCCAAACUCAAAUACGUCACUUUCGGUCUCGGGAACAACACAUACGAGCAUUAUAACGCCAUGGUCCGUCAAGUCGACGCUGCUUUGACAAAAUUGGGCGCCAAGAGAAUCGGAAGCGCAGGUGAAGGAGACGACGGUGCCGGUACAAUGGAGGAAGACUUCAUCGCAUGGAAGGAGCCAAUGUGGACUGAACUCGCUGCUGAAUUUGGAUUGGAAGAGCGUGAGGCCGAGUACGAGCCUGUCUUCUCCAUUACCGAACAGCCAGACUUGACUCCUGAAGAUCCCGCUGUCUACCUUGGUGAACCGAAUCUCAACCAUUUGGAACACGCUGGCAAAGGACCCUACUCUGCUCACAACCCGUAUAUCGCCCCCAUCGCCGAGUCUCGUGAAUUGUUUACUGUCAAGGACCGAAACUGCUUGCACAUGGAAAUCGAUAUCUCUGGAAGCGGCUUGCACUAUCAGACCGGUGACCACAUUGCGGUUUGGCCCACCAACGCCGGCCUUGAGGUCGAUCGCUUCUUGAAGGUCUUUGGUCUCGACUCCAAGCGUGACACUGUCAUUAAGAUCAAGGGUCUCGACGUUACUGCCAAGGUUCCUUUCCCUACGCCCACCACGUACGAUGCCGCUGUUCGUUACUAUAUGGAAAUCUGCGCUCCAGUGUCUCGUCAAUUCGUUAGCACUCUCGCUGCAUUCGCCCCCGAUGAGAAGGCUAAAGCUGAAAUGGUGCGCCUCGGAAACGACAAGGACUACUUCCAUGACAAGAUCAGCAGCCAAUGCUUCAACAUCGCUCAGGCCCUUGAAAGCGUUUCGUCUACUCCUUUCUCCGCAGUCCCAUUCUCGUGUUUGAUUGAAGGCAUCAACCGUAUCCAGUCUCGUUACUACUCCAUCUCUUCUUCUUCCCUCGUCCAAAAGGAUAAGAUUAGCAUUACUGCAGUUGUCGAGUCCGUUCGCAUUCCUGGUGCUACUCACCUUGUCAAGGGUGUUACCACCAACUACCUCUUGGCCCUCAAACAGAAGCAGCACGGAGAACCCAAUCCGGAUCCCCAUGGUCUCACCUACGCUAUCACUGGUCCCCGUAACAAGUACGAUGGAAUUCACGUCCCGGUUCAUGUCCGACACUCCAACUUCAAGUUGCCAUCGGAUCCUUCCAAGCCUAUUAUUAUGAUCGGACCCGGUACCGGUGUUGCGCCUUUCCGUGGUUUCGUCCAAGAGCGUGCUGCUAUGGCUGCUCGGGGAGACGCAGUCGGACCUACAGUUCUGUUCUUUGGAUGCAGAAAGAGUACCGAGGAUUUCCUAUACAAGGAUGAGUGGAAGGCCUAUGAAGAGCAGCUCGGAGAUUCCUUCAAAUUGUUCACCGCAUUCUCCCGAGAAGGUCCCGAAAAGGUCUACGUUCAACACCGCCUGCGUGAGAACGCAGACUAUAUCAACAAGCUUUUGGAGCAAAAGGCAUACUUCUAUGUCUGUGGUGAUGCCGCGCACAUGGCUCGCGAGGUCAACACUGUUCUCGGCCAGAUCAUCGCCGAGAAGCGUGGCUUAACACCCGAGAAGGGUGAAGAGAUUGUCAAACACAUGCGCAGCAGUGGCACGUACCAGGAGGACGUCUGGUCAUAGACAUGUCGCGCAAUCUAUGAAACGACUUUCUUAUCUCUUCUUUUAUGUCUCUUCGGCUUAUAGAUUGAUUCACUUCUCAAUGUUCAUACAACGAUUGACUAUAAAUACGGUCAUUGAACAUCAUCUUUUCCUUUCCCUUUCUUUCAUCUGCGAUUGAUUGCUGUUUCUUAGCUAUUUUUCGAAGCUGUCCAUAUUUAAAGUAAUCGAAUGAAGGCCCCUAUGCAGCUGCUCAUCAGGAGGCGUCAUGUCUUGUACGCAGGUGUUUUGGUAGAAUCGAUGCUUGCUGAUUAUUCCGUUGUUUUUACUCGGUUUUUGGCUGCUUAAUGUCACUGGUGUGAGAUCGUUUCCUUUCUAAUUUACGAUAGAACGGUCUGAGUAAAAAAUCUACCGAAAGGUAUUAUUUGUUAAUAUAAACAUAUAUUUACGCAUGAGUCUUUUCCUUCC